AUGAUAGCCGCGGCCCGCCGCGGAGCCGCCGCCCGCUCGGCUCAGCCCCGGCGCGACUGCGGUGAGCUCAUCCCGGCCGGGAGCGCCCCCCGCGCCCAGCGCCGCGCCCGCGCCGCGCGCCCCCAGCCGCUCCGCGGACCCCGCGCAGCCCGCAGAGACGCGCGUGUCGUCCGCACCGCGCCGGAACCCGGUCGUCCCUGCCGCGCCCGGCGCCUGGACGGGUCGCCAGGGACCCAGGGCCGCCCCCACACACAACGGGGAGUCGGGUCCUCCGGGAUCCCCUGGGCGGGGCGUGCUGGUCAGGGACGCCAACUAGAACAGAUGGAGCGGGUGAUCGUGAGUAUGCAGGACCCCGACCAGGGCGUGAAAAUGCGAAGCCAACGCCUUCUCAUCACCGUCAUUCCCCACGCGGUAGCGGGCAGAGACAUCGUGGAAUGGCUGGUCCAGAAGUUCUGCAUCUCGGAGGAGGAAGCCCUGCACCUGGGCACGCUCCUGGCGCAGCACGGCUACAUCUACCCACUGCGUGAGUCCCGAGACCUGACGCUCCGGCAGGACGAGACGCCCUACCGGUUUCAGGAGAGAAGCGAGGUCUUGGACAUCAUUUUCCCUGCACAACACAAGACCCCCUACUUCUGGACAAGCACGCUGUGGCCAGCUGCUGAGCUGGACUAUGCCAUCUACCUGGCUAAGAAGAACAUCCAAAAACAAGGGGCCCUGGUGGACUAUGAGAAGGAACAUUAUGCCCAGCUGCACAAGAAAAUCAACCAUGCAUGGGAUCUAGUGGUCAUGCAGGCUCGGGAGCAGCUGCGGGCAGCUAAGCAGCGCCGCAAGGGAGACAGGCUGGUCAUUUCCUGUCAGGAGCAGAUCUACUGGCUGGUGAACAAGCCCCCCCCCGGGGCACCUAACGUUUUGGAGCAGGGUCCUGAGAGGGGCUCUUACAACUCCAGUCGAGUGCAGAUGAGCUCGGAUUUCUUUAAGUGUGAGAUCGAGCGCUUCAAGAAGGCGCUGGGCAGGAACCGGGUGAAAUCCUCUGUCUGCCUCGAGGCGUACCUGAAGUUCAGCAGCCAGCACGGCCCGCACGAUCCCAUCAUGUCAGGGUGCCUGCCCAGCAACCCCUGGAUAACAGAUGAUGUCACCUACUGGGCCAUGAAUGCACCCAACGUGGCUGCCCCCACAAAGCUCCGUGUUGAGCGAUGGAGCUUCAGCUUCCGGGAGCUCCUGGAUGACCCCGUGGGGCGUGCCCACUUCAUGGACUUCCUCCAGAAGGAGUUCAGUGCGGAAAACCUCAGCUUCUGGGAGGCGUGUGAGGAGCUGCGCUUCGGCGGCCAGGCCCAGGUCCCUGCCUUGGUGGAUGCGGUGUAUCAGCAUUUCCUGGCCCCUGGAGCUGCCCGCUGGAUCAACAUCGACAGCAGGACUAUGGAGUGGACCCUGGAGGGGCUGCGCCAGCCACACCGCUACGUCCUGGAUGCGGCACAGCUGCACAUCUACAUGCUCAUGAAGAAGGAUUCCUAUCCGAGGUUCCUGAAGUCUGACUUGUACAAGGGCCUGCUGGAGGAAGCUGUGAUCCCGCUGGAGACCAAGCGCUGGGCAUUUCCAUUCUUAAGGAAGCCUCUACAGUCAAGCCCCAGCCCUGCUCUCCAGUCUACCCCUGGGGAGCCAGCAGCAGCCAGCGCCCCUGCAGGCGGUGAUGGGGAGUAGCUGGAUCCUGCCUGUCACCUCACCUUACCCUCACCUGCCUGACACCUGUGGGGUCCUGUUCUUCUAAUGGAUACUGUGCCGAGGCACUGGUAUCUGCCUGUGUAGAGGGCCCAGUCUUGCUAUGAAGCCCUUUCGCCUCCACUAAGUCCUUCCCUGCCUAGAAAGCACUGGCCCGCCUACUGAUUCCUAAAGAAAGAGUUCACUGGCUGAGUCUUGCCAGGACAGAACUUGUUUUAGGAGGUCAAAUCAAGGCCCUCAGAGUUUCUGGUGUUCUGUAAUCUUCAGUUCAGAACUAGGUGGCUAUCUCAACUCUAGAGUGUUAAGUCAGUGACUCAUGACGCGUUGGUCUUUGUCCACGCCAUCCUAUUCACGAGGACUCCUUCACUGUCUAAGUCCCUAAUUCUGCUGAGCUAACCAAACCCAGUGGCUUCUUAGACUGCGCCUGCUGGUUCUCACCGAUAGACACGGCGUCUUUCCUACCUGUCUUCUCAUCAGAUCUGUAGAAAGGCGACUCCAUGCAGUUGUCCUGACUGUAGGGACCCCAGAUCCUGUCCAGCUUGUCCUGUGCUGCCAGCAUUGCUACCCCUACCCCAGAGACAGAAAUAAAGGGGCCACCUCCUUCAGCCAUAAAGCUCCCCAAAGAGCUGUUCUCCGAAUUUCUACAGAAAUAAAAGAUCCAGACCCUU